AUGAUCCCCGAGGAACAGAAAGGACCAGAGCUGGCUGCCGGGAGGGAUCUCGCUGGGCCAGUCCCUUUGCUAAACCUGGGCAAGAAGUUGAAAGUUCCCCAGGACUUGAUGAUAGAGGAGUUAUCCCUAUGCAACAACAGAGGAUCUCUCCUCUUCCAAAAAAGGCAGCGCCGCGUGCAGAAAUUCACCUUUGAGCAUGCAGCCCGACGACAGGAGGUUGCCAAUGGCCCAGAAGAGCAGAACUACGGGUCAGAGAUGCACAACUUUGCAGGCUCCCCUGGGGGCUCACAGCAGACAGCCCCUAGGGAGGCUGCCUACAGCCCAAGCGCCCUGGCACCAGGUUAUGCUGAGCCACUGAAGGACAUCCCACCUGAGAAGUUCAACCACACGGCCAUCCCUAAGGGCUACCACUGUCCGUGGCAGGAGUUGGGUGGUUCCAGGCACUUCCACAGCCACCUUGGAAGUCUCACCCCACAGCCUGCCAACUAUCGAAAUUUCAACAAGACCCCAGUGCCCUUUGGAGGACCCCUGGUGGGAGACACCUUUUCCAGGGCAGCCCCUCCUUCCAUCCUGGAGCUCACCAGUGGCUUGGAAUUACUCCGUCGCAGACCCAGCUUCAACAGAAUAGCUCAAGGCUGGGUCCGUAACCUACCAGAGUCUGAGGAGCUAUAG